CGACGGUGGGAGGCGCUGGCGCUUUUUGCUUUUCACAUUUCACUUUCAGUUUGUCGAGAACUGUUUGUCUGAACGCCCCCCGAAGAAACUCGCUGAGCGGAGCAAAUAGCGGGACGCAGUUUGGGCCAAGUUUUUUGUGGCCAUCUCGUGCGUGCAGGCAAAGCUAAGAAAAUUAUCAAAAAAAAACCAAAAAUAUUAUUAAUUUCCCUAAAAGGAAAGGCCAGAAAAGAAAUUUCCGAAACGAAAGCGGGGGAAAAAUGUACACGAAAUAGUGCGGAGAAAAAUGUGCGGCUAACGGAAGAAGGAGGCGGAGGAGGAGGUGGGAAAAGUGUAAGAGGCGACAAGUGUAAAAUUGCUGCACAUCAACACAACUGAGGAACACCGGAAACUUUUCAUAUCCCCGCAGUGAACAAUAAAAGCAAGAGCAGCAGCAGCCACAGCAAAAUGACAGCAAUAAGUUUAAGCAAUAAAACACAGCUAGCCAGAAGUUGCGAAAAUGCACUCGCAACACAAUAAGAACAACGGGGGCAGCGGACAAAAGCUUUAAAAUAGGAGUAAAACCCAGGCUCGGCGACUCCCCUCAACCCGCAGUGGGCCCAGGAACACCCCGAAUCAACUGCCAAAUACAAUAGGAAAUUAGCCAAGAACAAUUAAGGAAAGGGUAGAAGAGAAGCCCAGCGAGGAGCCCCACAGUCGUCAGCCGGGACACUGAAACAUUCCACCCCAUAGCAUGGCCUCGGUCGCCGCUUGGCUGCCCUUCGCCCGGGCGGCGGCCAUCGGGUGGGUGCCGAUAGCCACCCACCCACUGCCACCGCCCCCGAUGCCCAAGGACCGCCGCAAAACGGACGACGAGAAGCUCCUCAUCAACGUCUCCGGACGCCGCUUCGAGACGUGGCGAAACACCUUGGAAAAAUAUCCAGAUACUCUUUUAGGGUCCAACGAAAGGGAGUUCUUCUACGACGAGGACUGCAAAGAGUACUUCUUCGACCGGGACCCGGACAUAUUCCGGCACAUACUCAACUACUACCGGACGGGCAAGCUGCAUUAUCCGAAGCACGAAUGCCUGACCAGCUACGACGAGGAGCUGGCCUUCUUUGGCAUCAUGCCGGACGUGAUUGGGGACUGUUGCUACGAGGACUACAGGGACCGGAAGCGGGAGAAUGCGGAGCGGCUGAUGGACGACAAGCUGUCGGAGAACGGGGAUCAGAAUCUGCAGCAGUUGACCAACAUGCGGCAGAAGAUGUGGCGGGCCUUCGAGAAUCCGCACACGUCGACGUCCGCCCUGGUGUUCUACUACGUGACGGGCUUCUUCAUCGCCGUCUCCGUGAUGGCCAAUGUGGUGGAGACAGUGCCGUGCGGUCAUCGCCCGGGUCGAGCUGGAACUUUGCCCUGCGGCGAGCGCUACAAGAUCGUCUUCUUCUGCCUGGACACCGCCUGCGUGAUGAUCUUCACGGCGGAGUAUCUGCUCCGCCUGUUCGCCGCCCCCGAUCGCUGCAAGUUCGUGCGCUCGGUGAUGAGCAUCAUCGAUGUGGUGGCCAUCAUGCCGUACUACAUCGGACUGGGGAUCACCGACAACGACGACGUGAGCGGCGCCUUCGUCACGCUGCGCGUGUUCCGCGUCUUCCGCAUCUUCAAGUUCUCGCGCCACUCGCAGGGACUGCGGAUCCUCGGCUACACGCUCAAGUCCUGCGCCAGCGAGCUGGGCUUCCUCGUCUUCUCGCUGGCCAUGGCCAUCAUCAUCUUCGCCACCGUCAUGUUCUACGCCGAGAAGAACGUCAACGGCACCAACUUCACAUCGAUUCCGGCGGCCUUCUGGUACACCAUCGUCACAAUGACGACGCUGGGCUAUGGCGACAUGGUGCCAGAGACAAUAGCUGGCAAAAUUGUGGGCGGCGUUUGCUCACUCAGUGGUGUGCUGGUCAUCGCCUUACCUGUACCUGUUAUCGUAUCGAACUUUAGUAGAAUCUAUCACCAGAACCAGCGAGCGGACAAGCGCAAGGCGCAGCGGAAAGCUCGCCUGGCGCGCAUCCGCAUUGCCAAGGCCUCGUCCGGAGCCGCUUUUGUCAGCAAGAAGAAGGCCGCCGAGGCUCGGUGGGCCGCCCAGGAGUCGGGCAUCGAGCUGGAUGACAACUAUCGGGACGAGGACAUCUUUGAGCUGCAGCACCAUCACUUGCUGCGAUGUCUGGAGAAGACAACGGAUCGAGAAUUUGUCGAGUUAGAAAUUCCGUAUAACGGCCAGCCCAAAAGACCGGGCUCCCCGUCGCCGAUGGCCAGUCCCGCCCACUCGACAAACAGUGCCGCCGGUCUGCUGCAGUCCUGCUGCGGCCGCUGCUGCUCCCAGCGCUACCAGGCCUGCGGCAAAUACAUGCCGGCUGCCAGCAAUGCUCAAAAUAGCCAAAACAAUCAGCCCAUGGAUGGCACCUACCUGGUGGAAGCCUCGUUCUGAGCAAUCGCAUCCACAUCCUUAGCCACGAACGCAGCCACAUCCCUAUCCAGAUCAAGAUGAUUUAUGUUUACGUUUAGUCUAACUUGAAAAGUUUUUAAACUAAAUUGUACUCGUUUGUAGACAUUGUCCUGUGUGUGUGUGUGUAGUCGCCAAAGAAACAAAUUGAUAGAAAUCCAAGGAAAACUAAUGGAAAAAUCUAAAUCUGAAAUACAAGCAUAAUCUCUAAAAUCUGAUUUUCGAGUUUAACAAACAAGAUAUUUAAUUAAAUGUAAACAAUUUCAGACUCAAACGAAAGCAGGCAUCUCUGAGUGUGUAAAAUGUAAGGAGCACAUUAAAAACGAAACAAAUAACAAAUGAAAUAAAAGUGCCGAGCCCAAAAAUUUAGCGGCGGCAAUGUCGGAUUUGAUUAGCGAAGACCCGUUAAUGAAAAACAAAAAACAAAAACAAAUAUUAAUUAUAAUAAUAUGCAACACUAUUUACUUUACUUAGGUGACAAGACAACAACAAACAGCAAACAACAGAAACCGAAGCAUUUUAGAGGAAUUUACUGUGUAUGUUUUAAUAAAGUGAACAUAAAGUAGCAUAGAAGGCAAAAAAUAGUUUGAGGAAUGUAUUACCCAAAAGAUAACCGAUCAAGGGCAGGGGUCCAAAAAAAAUAAACAAAA